AUCGAAGCCAAUGUCUCCAUUACCACCAAGUCGUUGAACCAUCUCACAGCCUGCGCGAUGCCACCAAAAAAGGGCAAACAAAUCGCCCGAAAACCCUCCACGAAUCCCAUCCCAGCACCUUUUGGCCCCGCGCCCCCCGAGCUCACUGAGUUACUAUCCACCUUCGACACCUCCAACGUCUACAUAAUCCACACCGAUCCCCACCCCGCGUGGUUCAAAAAGCGCAUAUUUCUCGUUCCCGUCCUACUCAAUCUCUCCAUAACCCUCAUCCUCUUAUGGCGCGCCUACUACAGCGUCCCACACUACUGGGCUAUCGUCCUCUCCAUCCUCGGAAACAGCAAUGAGACGACAAUAUUCUAUGCGAAGGAGACAUGGAGCGCGCUGAUAUGGAAGCUCUUAAAGCGCAUGACGGGACUCACGCUGGAUUGGAUAUUAUUCCGCAUCGUGGGACCCUGGCCGUGGAGCUUCUUCGCUGAACAGCCGGGCAAUCCUGUGAGCUGGCGGUGGAACGUCGGGUUCAGGGAUGAGGAGGUGUAUGUGAGGGUGAGCCGGGGGUGGGGUGCUAAAGACCUGCUCGGUGCGGCGGAGGGCGGUUCGGGCAAAGCUGGGGAAGAGAGUCCCUUCUUCAAGACACGGAUUCUGCCGGCGGUGGAUGGGCAGCGGUUGAGAGAGAAGACGGGCUAUCUGCUCAUGGACGGGGAUUUUGAUCUCGAUUUCUACGGCAUGAUUGCUGCGACGCAAUUGCUGGACAAAAAGGUCUUUACCUUGGAACAGGUCAAGAAACUCGUAGUCGUCUUCGUUGGUGACGAGGAGCAUGGGCAGUGGGCAGUCUGGGAGUGCUCAAAACUGGACGAAGGGUCUGAAACCGAAGCUCGGAACAAGGUUAUAGAGUUCAAGGACCGAUUGACAGCGAUGGGCAAGGAGAACCUGUUCUUCAAGUGGGUUGAGCUCAUCCAGUACGAGAGCAACGCCCCUGGCGGUUUUACACAGGACAGACAAAUGGCGGCUGCGGAGAAAGCAAAGAAGCUGUUUGAGGAGCAAGGCGUCGAUUGGGAGACGUUCAGCAGAGAAAUAGGUGGCCUUGACGGUAUGCCUGGCUUGUGAAUAAGGCUGGCAUUGGCGUUCCAGCAGAUCAUUAUGACUAUGAUACCCAAUACUGUACAGACCCAUACCGUGUCGCCUGACAUAUAACAUAUUUAGCUUCUCCCAAUCAUUCUUCUCCUGGUCCCUAUAUAUAGAACUCUUUCAUUCGCGGAUAUCUCGCGAUAUGAGUACUCGGACCUACACUACCCAGGGGCAUUACGAGUUGAUCUCCAUAUCAAGUAUGCUCGGGUAGCAAGCCGAUGUAUACCCGCGACGCCACAAAUAUGCGACGAUCAGAGAUUGCUCGAACGAUUCAGACGUCGAUAUUUCGGACCGUCAGAAGCUUUUUGAGUUGGCCGAACGCUUACAAUUAAUGUGCUCUGACGUAGAAGAUACGGUCGUCUGGUGGCCGCUCUCAUCAUGUUGCGUGAUCCACCAUGGGUUUCUACAG